AUGUAUGCUGCAGCAGGACUUGUUGCUGCUUUGGGCCUAACCUAUGCGGCUGUGCCACUGUAUCGGGCAUUCUGUGCAGCGACAGGAUACAGUGGCACUCCUAUGACCGAUUCAUCACGCUAUUCUGAGCCUUCACGUCUAGUUCCCUCGUACACGGACCCAUACAAUGCGGCACAUGCCACGGAACGGAUUCGAGUCUCUUUUAAUGCAAGUACCUCGAACCAAAUUCCCUGGUCAUUUGUUCCUGAGCAACGUGAAAUCUUCGUGUUGCCAGGAGAGACAGCGCUUACGUUUUUCAAAGCUCACAACAAAUCAGACCAAGAUAUCAUUGGAAUUGCCACCUACAACGUGAUUCCCGAUCGGAUCGCACCCUACUUCAACAAGAUCGAAUGUUUCUGCUUCGAAGAACAGAAAAUCCGCGCCGGCGAGGAAAUUGAUCUACCAGUAUUCUUCUUCCUCGAUAAGGAAAUGCUCGAAGACAAGGAAAGUCGUGAUGUGAAGGAUAUAAUUCUCGCAUACACGUUCUUCAGUGCACGACGGAACCCAGUGAAUGGUCAACUCGAACCCGAUACCGACCUGUCCCGCUACACUGUUGGAAAGGAUGCAUUGUAA